CCGACUCCGCCCCUCUCCCCUCUGACCCGGUGUCUCGUCUCUCCGUCUUCCUGUUCCAAACCACGUGGACGCGCCGGGGGCUGCGGGGCUACGAGAGAGAGCCCGGGUCACCACCGCCGCUGUCGCCGCCGCUGCUGGGGUCGCGACCCUCGCGCCCGUCCGAAGUCGCUGCGCCCCAGCCGCCGGCACCUUUGCCGAGGGCGCGCACAUGGCGACCCAGUCGCACUCCCUCAGCUACGCGGGCUGCAACUUCUUGCGCCAACGACUGGUCCUGUCCACCCUGAGUGGGCGCCCCGUCAAAAUCCGAAGGAUUCGGGCCAGAGACGACAACCCGGGCCUCCGAGACUUUGAAGCCAGCUUCAUAAGGCUGUUGGACAAAAUAACUAAUGGUUCUCGGAUCGAAAUAAACCAAACAGGAACAACCUUGUAUUACCAGCCUGGCCUCCUGUAUGGCGGGUCUGUGGAACAUGACUGUAGUGUCCUUCGCAGCAUUGGCUACUACCUGGAGAGUCUUCUUUGCCUGGCUCCGUUUAUGAAGCACCCGUUAAGAAUUGUUCUGCGGGGAGUAACCAAUGACCAGGUUGACCCUUCGGUUGAUGUUCUUAAGGCAACAGCCCUCCCCCUGUUGAAACAGUUUGGAAUUGACGGUGAAUCAUUUGAGCUAAAGGUUGUGCGACGGGGAAUGCCUCCCGGAGGAGGAGGAGAAGUGUUCUUCUCCUGUCCUGUGAGGAAGGUCCUGAAGCCCGUUCAGCUCACGGAUCCAGGGAAGAUCAAACGUAUUAGAGGAAUUGCGUACUCCGUGCGUGUGUCCCCGCAGAUGGCAAACCGGAUCGUGGAUUCUGCAAGGAGCAUCCUCAACAAGUUCAUCCCCGAUAUCUAUAUUUACACAGACCACAUGAAAGGAGUCAGCUCUGGAAAGUCUCCGGGUUUCGGGUUGUCACUGGUUGCGGAAACCACCACUGGUGCCUUCCUCAGUGCCGAGCUGGCCUCCAACCCCCAGGGCCAGGGGGCUGCCGUGCUUCCGGAGGACCUCGGCCAGAACUGCGCCAAGCUGCUGCUCGAAGAGAUCUAUAGGGGUGGAUGUGUUGACUCGACCAACCAAAGCCUGGGUCUGUUGCUCAUGACCCUUGGACAGCAGGAUGUCUCCAAAGUCCUGCUAGGACCGCUGUCUCCCUACACGAUAGAGUUUUUGCGGCAUUUGAAGAGCUUUUUCCAGAUUAUGUUUAAAAUUGAAACCAAGCCAUGUGGCGAAGAACUCAAGGGUGGGGAUAAAGUGCUGCUGACCUGCGUUGGCGUUGGCUUCUCCAACCUUAGCAAGACCCUCAAGUGAUACCGUCACAAGAUGAGGCCCCACCGCCUACAAACAAAGCAGACGCUUGCCACGGACACCCAAGGGGACCAAGUCCAAAUUCAUCCAGGACAGGAGAGCCUCUUACCUUAAGGAUUUCUUCAUUUUCCAUUAAAAACAAAGAACAUUUAAAUAAAAGACCUCUCUGUGUCAUGUGGUUUCUAGCCAUUUCUGCAGUGGCAUUGACAUUCCUCAGGAAGCCCAGUCAUGACAAGAGCUCCCGUAGCCCACGGGGAGGAAGAACGUGCCUUCAGGACACAGCUGUGUUGCUGGAGCAACCGCGCCCCUGCAGCUCCGCAGGGCUCACUCCGUCUGCAUCCCCGGCUUCUGUCGUGGCGCUGUUCUCCAGACCUGCAGGGUCCGUUACAGUUUCUUCUGCAAGGACUGACCGCUUUGAGCCUCGGUUUCUGGGUAGGGAUUAAAUGAGAUCAUAUGGGUGGAAGCUCUCUAUGUGGAACACACGUGUCAAAAAUUGAUAAUGUGAAACUAAUUUGUCCCUCGUCUUGUGAACAGACUGAUACCUUGGAGGCAGCUACCAUUCUUCUCCGGUCCGUCACGUGUAUAUGUGGGGGGAUGAGUGUCUGGAGAGGGCAGGGCUCGAUUAAACUUAUUGGAUAUUUUCUGUA